UUCAAAAACCGUUGGAGCCAAAAUUACUUUUCAAUUUCCAUUCUUUACAUUACACGAUCUCUCUCUCUCUCCCCCCUUAGUAUUUUAGCCUAUCUCACCAUGAACAAGAAGACCGUCUAGCCACAUAUUCUUCAUCCCAACUUGGAGAACUCUGAUGGGGUGCUUUCUUGCCUGCUUUGGCCUUUCUUGCAAGGGAAAGCGCAGAAAGCCUGCCAAUAGAGUUCAACAUGGAGACCAUGGAUUUGGUAGCUAUGAACCUCUGGAUUCAACUUCUGCGGUUCUGGAUAUAACAGGGGAGCCCAUAAACUCUGAGCUCAGGAAGAAGAAUAAGGAACAAUUGAACUGCAAAAUUAGAAAGAAAGUUAGCUUUAACUUGAAUGUCCGGAGUUAUGAGCCGAUUCCAAAUGAAGAAAGUACGGACCAUUUGUGGAAAACUGAGGAAGAUGAAAACAAAGAAGAGAUUAGCAAAGAAACUACAAAAGAAGACCAAUCUCCGUCUCUUGCCGAGGGGGAUUUGAUAGCGACAAAAAUGGCACCUUAUCCAUCGAAUUAUAGAUAUCGAAACUGCAUUGACAGCUACGAUGAAGAGUAUGAAGAAAGUAACUUGGAUGAUGAUGAUGAUGAUUUUGACGAGGAUGACGAAAGUGGUGGCGAUAUUGAUGAUAUGGGAAUAAGCCAAGAAGAGUUUUCUGAGAAAUUAAUGUCUUUAUCGGCGAGUUCAAAUAAGAGAGAAUCCUCAACUGAGUUUUCUGAGGAAACAUCCGAAAAUCUGAAGCCCCUUGGAGAUUUGAAUGAGGGAGGAUUGAAAUCGAUUGGGAUGAAUCGAAAUGCUCGAUCUAGGAGUCAAUAUGUUCAUUCUGUGCUGAACCCAGUAGAAAAUCUCAGUCAGUGGAAAGCAGUGAAGGCCAAAGGAAGGUCACCAGUGAAGUGCCACAGAAAAGAGAAUAUUGCAUUAGAGCAACAAGUACGGAAACCCACGCCUCCGAUGCAAGAAAUUGCAGUUGAUGCCAGUCUCUCAAACUGGUUAUUUUCCUCUGAUUCCUGUCAGUCCAGAGCCACAUCCAUUACCAAGAGUAGCACCAUAGCACCAUUCCUGUGCAAACUACAUCAUCAAAGAAAAGUUCAUUUGGCAGCACAUUUUCGGGUAGAGGCAGAGAAGAUAUGCCCACUUAAGAUAUCACCAAUUUGGAGGCUUGACAACAAAUCAUAUUGUUCAAAUCCUCCGUCGAGUUGAGAAAAUUACACAACACAUUGAUAUGGAUUGAAGCUAAGACUAAUUUCAUAGAAGAGAUAAGAAGUGAAAAUAGUUGUUGUCAUGAGAAGUUUGAAAGGAUCUACGCAUCAAAAAUGAAUCUUUUUCAGAAGUUGCUCUUGUUAUUUUCUGUAGCCUACACCGUGCAAGUGUGAAACAAUUUGGGGUGUUGUUCGUCUCUCUUCUGAUUCUUUGAUCCACUUCUUCUGAUUGGUUUCAGAAGAAUGAUGUUGGGUAGUUCAGUUCAGAAAGUGCGUUCGAAUUUUUCUCUUAUUUCUUUUUCUCAUGCUUUCAUUUAUUCCCUCCA